AUUAGAAUUAAAUACAAAAAUGGCUUUUUGGAAAUCUCUUCUAAAUCGGAGAUUAUGUCAUAUUCCUGGACACUAUUUCAGUAAAAGGAGUCUUCUCUCUGAGGCAUAUCUCUGUAAUGAUGCAUGGCUUGCCAGAUUGAAGUCACCUGCCUUACAGAAACUUGAUCCAAAUGAACUGGUACCUAAGCUGCAUGAAAAACUUGACAAAGAAGCUCAGAUCUGCCCCCUGGAUUUUGAUCUGUUGGCUAAUCGCCUACAUGAGCUAGAGGGCACAAUGUUACAGUAUGGGGAAAGCAUCAUUACAAGGUACAGAAAGUGUUACCAGGCCAGAAAUGUUCGUCCAUCAACUAGUCACACAAUCAUUAGAGCAUACAUGGAGAUGCAGAAUAUAGAAAAACUACUAGAAAUACUCAAGGAUAAGAUCAACAAUGGUGUUUUCUGCGACAAUUACUCGGGAAAUAUGCUAAUGGACCACUUUAUCAAACAGGAGAACUGGGAUGAUGGCUUAAAGAUAGCUGCAGAAUUCAUGUUACAAGAAGACAUUGAUCAUCCAAGCACCUGGCUUUUAGCAUUGUAUACUUGCCACAUGCGACGCAAGUUCCCACUGCCACCACAAGAGGACGCUGCUGUGGAGAGUGACGGAGAGGAAGUCUGGGUUAAAGUUCGAUACUUAACAAACCCCUACUACGAUGACCAUUUUGACAUUCCCCAUGGUGACCUUCUUUUGGGGAAGACUCUCGCUUACCUGUGUCGUAAAUCUGAUGAUGUCAUCACCAGGAGCUAUCAGCUGAUUGGCUGGGGUCUUUACGAGAAGUUCGACAAGGGUCUGGCACUAUUGGAAAAAAUCAUCAAUGAGGAGAAUUCUAGUUUGUUAGCGAGAGAAGCUUUGGACACAUUUAAGGCCAGCUUAGAAGGUGUUGAUGUGCUUAAAGAUGGCGAGGAAAGAGCUAAAGAUCUGCCUCCAAAGCCAAGUGAACAAGAAAAACAAGAAUUUAUGGAAAGAUUCCAAGUAUUGGAGACAAAGCUUCAAUCAUCAAACAAACUCACAGAUGAUAACCUUGACAAUUUGGUUCAAAAUCUUGUCAAAACACAACUCUCUGAGGUUGAAAGCAAAGACAUUGACGCAAUAACGGCAAUGUAUAAAAGCUGGAAUCAUCAGCGGGAAGAACUCUUAGACCGUGAACUGACAAUCCUUAAAAUAAAAUCUACCCAUUUGUCUAUCCAGAAAAAGGUCAAAGAGCUGCAAGAACGAGAAGAACUUGUAACUUAUUUUGAUCGUGAAUUUGAGAUUUUGAUGGCAAGGGGCAAAGUGCCGAUUAAACAAAGGAUAUGGGAAACUAAGUAUCGCAAAGAGGAAGAAGAAGAUGAUGAUACUGCGGGACAGAAAAAGAAGAAAACAAAAUGGGUCGAUUGGUGGGCGAAUUAUGAAGCACAACAGGCAAAGAUUGUAACACCAACUGGGCCACCAACUACAGUUUUUCAAGAUGUUCAAUCAUAAUCUAGCGACUCAAUCUAUUAUUGCGAAUGACUAGGUGUACUCAGUAUUGUUUAGUGUUGUCGCGAUGUGCCAUAAUCGUACAUCG